AUGGAUUUUUCAAAUAUUUGUGAAGUAGUAGAGCAAAAUUCUUUGCAAAACAGUGUUGUUAAAUUUGUAAAUGGAAGUUCAGGAAAAGUAACUGAGGAAACCAUUCCAAUAACAUCAUGGGACAAAAUUGUUAACAAGGAAAUGGUAACUUCAACUGCUAGUGAUGCUGAUUCAGGAGGCAAAAAGGACAAUAAUGCAAGCUCUUCAAAUAGCAGUCCUGGGCAAAGCAAGAUAAGGCAAACUUUCAGUCAAAUUAGUAAACUGGAAGAUGCUAAAGGCAUUGUCAUAACUGAUCAAGAAAAAAUUUCAACUGAAUUAGUUGAUUUUUGUGAGAAAAGAUUUGCACAUAAAGAAGUUAAGAUUGUUGAAGAAUUACUUAAUGUCAUUCCACAUUCAAUUACUGCAGAAGAUCAAAGAAUGCUUGAUGUAAUUCCCAAUGAAGAGGAAAUUAAAAAAAUUGCCUUUGAAAUGGAUCCAGAUAGCUCUCCUGGUCCAGAUGGAUUCUCAGGUGCUAAAACUGCUUCACAGUUCAGACCCAUUGGCUUGAGCAAUGUCAGCUUCAAAGUCAUCACCAAAUUAAUCACAACAAGAAUGAGUACCUUAAUGGAAAAACUUGUCUCUCCUCAACAAACAACUUAUAUUAAGGGGAGAAGUAUUCAUGAACAAGUGCUAUUAGCUUCAGAAAUGGUGAAUGAAAUGAAAAGGAAAAGAAGAGGAGAAAAUGUAGGACUCAAGCUAGAUAUAUCUCAGGCAUAUGAUGCAAUGGUUAAUGACUAUUCUUCAUUCAGCAAAAAAGUUAUGAUGGUAAAUGGUGGGCCAUGUGGAUUCGUCUUAGUGGGAAGGGGCUUAAGGCAAGGAGAUUCACUUUCUCCUAUGUUGUUUAUAUUGAUGGAAGAUGUUCUUAGCAGAAAUCUAUCUCAUUUGGUGCAAUCUGGCAAAACAGUGCCAAUGGUGGUGAGAAAAGGAAAUGCUUCAUUCAUAAAUGAUAUUGGUCUAAAUGCAUUUGUUAAAGAAAAUUUAAGUAUGAAGCUUCAAGAUUUGUUAACUGGCAAGAACUGGUGCAUUCCUGAAGAGCUUACUUUUAUUUUGCUAACACAUCAUUGCCUGAAAUGA